AUGGAGUUCAAAGUUUCUCAUUCGGUAAAACGUGGUCCUACACGCUUGCAGUUUUAUCGCAAUCCACCCUCGGAGACAAUUGAGCUGAACGAACUGGAACAGUACGCUGUCGAUCGGAUUCGAGCACUGAAGUGUGUUGAAACAGUGCGUCAAGAUUUCGUUUUCGGAAGUCACGAAUACGAGGAACACUUAACGUCUGAACUUACUAAACUCGGACCGUUUGGGAAAUCAUUAACUAUCACUACCGCGUCCAGCAAAAAUGCCAAAGAAGACAUACGACGGGACAUAAUUUCCCAUUUUGUUCUUCAGGUGGCCUACUGUCGAAGUGAAGACUUGCGUCGGUGGUUCAUUCAACAAGAAGUGGAACUGUUCCGUUAUCGUUUUAUUCGAGAGCGGAAUAGUUCCAAUGCGGGCCCGGAUGUGAUUGCCUCGUUUUUGGACGAAAAUCAACUUCAUUUCACCCAUUUGCUAGACUCGGAACGAAAUCGAAUUUUGCACUAUUUGGCAGCUGGGACUGCAGCCAGUGGUCUGGAUCUACAAACCACAGCCUUCUAUAAGGUGUACUUUGCCGAAGUUCCCGAACUUGUGCGAACUCGUCGAGUUUACGUGAGUGGUGGUUAUGCGUAUGUGCCUGAUCCGGAUCUGGUCUCCCUGGUCGUGUCACAUUUUCGCACAUCCCUGUCCUGCAAUCUGGCACGACUAGGCCUUACUCUGACUUCCAAACUGGCAUCCGAGGAGAAUCGAGUGUUACCUCUGUUGGCUUCCCUGUCCAGCCGAUAUCUGGGCGAGGAUUAUUCCGCAAAAGCACCGACAAUGGGUAUUAUCAAAGCGGAACAGAUUGACUCGUUGGCCAAACAGCCGGGAGUGUUCCCCCCUUGUAUGGCUCAGUUGCACGAGGCACUCAAAACACAACAUCAUUUGCGCCAUGCCGGAAGAAUGCAGUACGGAUUGUUCUUGAAGGGUAUUGGCGUGCCUUUGGAGGAAUCAUUGAAGUUUUGGCGCAAUUCAUUUGCCCCAAAGUAUGACAGUGACCAAUUUGCCAAAAAUUACGCCUACAACAUACGCCACAACUAUGGAAAGGAGGGCAAACGAACUGACUACACUCCGUAUUCGUGUGUGAAGAUCAUUUCCUCUACCGCUCCUGGUCCGGGUGACUACCACGGUUGCCCGUUUCGCCAUAUGGAUCCGGAUCUGUUACGCCAACGUCUCUCUUCUAGCGGCCGCUUGACGUCGGAUUCAGUCGAUACCAUUGUUCAGCGUGCCAAAGAACGCCUUUACCACCUGUCCUGUCGUGAAUAUUUUCGCGCGAUGCAUAAACUCGAUGCCGAGGCAAUGUCUGGUAUCACCAUUCAUCAUCCGAACCAGUACUUCGAAGAGAGCCAACGUGUAUUGCGUGGUGAAGGUGCCGGUGCGACCCGAACUGGAGCUGAACGAGUUCGUGUGAAAAAAGUUCAGCUGGCUGACUCGGUGCUUGAGUCCACCUUCAUGGAUGACGAAGCUAUGGAUACCAUCUGCUCCGAAGCAACGAGUAUAGUGGAAGAUAGUGUUGUUGCGUGA